CUGGUCUCUCCAGACCCUGUGAGUCAUGAAGAUGAUCCUCUUCCUCCUCGCUGUUUUCCUCCUUCUGGCCCCAGCCAGGAAUGCGUUUUUUGAUGAGAAAUGCUUCAAGCUGCAAGGGAGAUGUGUGAAAUCUUGUCAGAAAAAUGAAGAGCUUGUUGCUCUCUGCCAGAGGGCUCUGAAAUGCUGCUUCGCCCUCCAGCCGUGUUCCGACAGUGACAAGAAGGAGUACAUCAAGAAGAAGCCUCCCAGGACCACCGUGGUGGGCCUAACCACACCUCAUUCCCUACCUUUCCCGCCUCUGCCACCUGUCCCGACUCACCCACCUGUCCCGUCUCUCCCAUCUGUCCCGACUCACCCACCUGUCCCGUCUCUCCCACCUGUCCCGUCUCUCCCACCUGUCCCAUCGAAUCGCCCUUGAGAUGCUGCAAUAAACAUGA